AUGGAUUAUACUCCUAUGAUUCUUGAUGAUUUAGUGGAGCACUACUUGGCUAAGAGUGGGUUUCAGUGCCCUUCGUACGAUUGUAGAUUGGUUUACCAGCAGUCUGUUCAGAUGCCUUGGUUUAAAUCAGUUCAGAUGAGAUUUAUCAUUUGUUAUUAUAACUUUUAUGGUUCAGCACUCUUAAUAAGGCUAGUUGCUGUGGCUACACAAAAGUUUGUUGCAGAUGUUGCCAGCGACGCCCUUCAGCACUGCAAGGCUAGACCAACACCAGUUGUGAAAGACAAAAAACAACAAAAGGAUAAACGUUUGAUAUUGACAAUGGAAGACCUUUCAAAAGCUUUGCGUGAGUAUGGUGUGAAUGUGAAGCAUCCAGAAUAUUUUGCUGAUAGCCCUUCAACCAGAAUGGAUCCUACGACAAGGGACGAAUAG